AUGUCUUUCUCACUGAUGGAUUUUGAUGAUGUGAUGUCAUCAAAAGGUAUUUUUGUCCUAAACUAAUGUAUUAAUUAGUCAUAGCAAGUAUGCAUUUGGAAAAUCAACCCACUAAGGGACAAGGGUAUAUCAGGGUGGUAGACGGAAUAUAUUUCCUGAUGUGCCCUUAGGAUUAACCAAUGACUUGGCCCAGGGACAAGUCCACCUGGGUUUAUUACCUGCAGAUUAAAUUUGUCUAAUAUUAUGGAGAAUAAAUGCUGUACAUGUGUGCCCUUAUGUCCUCUGACAUACUGGCACUGAACACAGGUUUUCCAUAUUAAUUUUAGUUAACCAAUUAACUGGCAAUGCACCUGGAAUGUGCUUACUUUAGUAUCUUGCUCUGCCUAGUGCCACACAAUUUUGCUCAUCAGUGGAAGAGAACUGCCAGUUAAUGAGACUGGUUAUCAUAAAUUAAUAUGUAUAUUUUUCUAUUUCAGGUAGUCAUACAAUUGGCAUUGUUAAAGGGCAGGAAAGUUAUGAUCUGUUGAAAAAUUCCUUUUCAGAUAUAUUUUCAGUAGUGAAUGAUAUAAUCAAGGAAGGAAAAAUCAGGGUAGAUGACAUCGAUGUUCCAGUUGAGAUCUUCCUUGGUGGCGAUUAUAAGGUAAUUAAGGUUGUAUUUCAAGGCAGUUUUCUUACCAGUUGCUGAUGGAAUGUUAUAAAUAUUUUUAGUUUCUUCUUUUAUUCCUGGGGAUGAAAGGUGCCACAUCGGAUGAAAGGUGCCACAGCUGUGGAGUUAGUUUCAAAGUGUGGGAAAAGAACAACGCAAAUGGUGGAGCAAGUGGCACGUAUGAUUUUACGAGCCUCAUGGGUACUGAUAAAAAACUUCUUCUAAAAAACCUCCCAGAAAAAUUAGAUGGUGUUGUCAAGACAGAUUCCAGUGAGACCGUGAUAAAUCCCUGGAAGGUUAGUUAGUGGUUUACUUGUACCUGUAUGUUACAUGUAGAUGCACUCUAGCAGAUUCAAAAUCGAUCUGGACUGAAUGGAUUUGAAUUUUUUUCAGAAAAUAUAAUUAUGAUAACAUUUCCCAAUUUUAUGAAUAAUUGCAGAAUUCCUCUGAACUAUACACAAUGUUAGACAAACAAGAACCAUCUGAUGAUUUUGUUGCUAACUACUUUGAAAAG